AUGGGAGGGAAGCCUUCCUCGCUGGACGGACACCAUGCCCUGCUUGGCAAAGGGACCGAGGAGGAGAUGGAAAUAUUUGGCUACAAGAGCCAAGUCGCCAAGAGGGUCCUUUGCCUUGCUGGCUACCUCUUCUCCUGCGGAGCCCUUCUGCUCCUCUUCUAUUGGAAGCCGGAGUGGAACGUCUGGGCCACCUGCGUUCCCUGCCACCUGGAGGAGGCCGAUACCGUAUUAUUACGGGCCACAGAUGAGUUUCAGAGAUGCAAGAGGAAGAAGGUGAUCUCUCUCGACCUGCAGAAUCUCCUGGACAGCGAGACGCCGGAUGAGCUCUUCCGCGAAGACCAGGAAUCUGUCAUCAACAGAGCCAUUGCCAGGCCUGGAUACAAAGUGAAGUACAUCCAAGUGCAAAAAAUCCGCUGCGUCUGGAAUGUGUCCGAAAAAGCCUUUGUCAGAGUUGGGUCACUUGAGGACAGCAACACUUGCUAUCAGAUACACCAGAAAUUUGGAGAGGGGCUGACAAGGAAGCAGCAAGAACUCAGGAAGUUGGUAUGUGGACCCAACGCCAUUGAAAUCGAAAUCCAGCCCAUCUGGAAACUGCUUUUCAAAGAGAUCCUGAACCCCUUCUAUGUGUUCCAAGCCUUCACCCUGGCACUCUGGCUGGCCCAAGGGUACAUUGAGUACUCCAUCUCCAUCAUCAUCAUGUCCAUCAUCUCCAUCAGCCUCACUGUCUAUGAUCUGCGGCGGCAAUCCAUCAAUUUGCACAACUUGGUGAAGGAGCAUAACAAGGUCCAAGUCACAGUCUGGACUAAAGCCAAAGGUGAGCACCAGUCGGAGUCCUGCAACUUGGUCCCAGGAGACGUCCUCCUCUUGGAAGGCCAGAAGCAUUCCUUGCCCUGCGAUGCCAUCCUCCUGGAGGGAAGUUGUGUGGUUGACGAAGGCAUGCUCACAGGUGAGAGUGUCCCGGUGACCAAGACCCCUUUGCCCCAAGUGGACAACGUCCAGCCCUGGAAGAAGCACAGCCUGGAGGACCACCGGCGCCACGUCCUCUUCUGCGGCACAGAGGUCAUCCAGACCAGGCCCAGCGGCAAAGGGCCGGUCAGAGCCCUUGUGUUGCAGACAGGUUUCAACACAGCGAAGGGGGACUUGGUGCGGUCCAUCCUCUACCCAAAACCCAUGAACUUCCGGCUCCACAAAGAGGCCUUCUUCUUCAUUGUUGGCCUGGUCAUCAUUGGGCUCAUAGGGCUGGUCUAUGCGGUGGCCGUCUUCAGGAGCCAAGGGAGGCCUGCUUCGGAAACAGUGACCAUGGCGCUCCUUCUCCUGACAGCCGCUGUCCCUCCGGCCAUUCCAGCCGCCUUGACCACUGGCAUUGUCUACGCCCAGCGGAGGCUCAAGAAGAAGAAGAUCUUCUGCAUCAGCCCUCAAAGGAUCAAUAUCUGUGGGCAGAUCAACCUGGUCUGCUUCGACAAGACUGGGACGUUGACGGAGGACGGUCUAGAUCUUUGGGGGGCCAUCCCUUGCCAGGGAAGGAGCUUCCUCCCGCUGCACAGCUUCUCCUCCUCGGGCCCUUUGCCCUGGGGCCCCCUCUGCCAAGCCAUGGCCACCUGCCAUUCGCUCCUCUUUCUGGAGGGGAAGAUCCAGGGGGACCCCAUGGACCUCAAGAUGUUUGAAGGCACCGGAUGGGAGAUGCAAGAACCCAGUUCGGAAAAGGAAACAGGGGAGAUGGAGGCAUUCCCCAUUGUUAAACCAGGAGCCUCUGCUUCCCAGGCCCCGUUGGAAGGGAUGGCCAUCCUGCACCAGUUCCCCUUCUCCUCCUCUCUGCUGCGGAUGUCGGUCAUCACCAACGAGCUGGGGAAGGACACCCACGGCCUCUACAUGAAGGGAGCCCCCGAGACCGUGGCCAGCUUCUGCAAGCCAAGGACCGUGCCUCCCUCCUUCCAAGUGGAGCUGAAGUCCUUCACGGCGCAGGGCUUCCGGGUCAUCGCUUUGGCCCACAAGACUCUCUCCCUGGAUGCAGGGCACAACCUCAGGGACCUGGACAGGGAUGAGUUGGAGUCCGGCCUGACCUUCCUGGGCCUCCUGGUCAUGGAGAACCGGCUGAAGGGCAAGACCAGGCCUGUCCUGGAGGAGCUCAGGGAGGCCCGCAUCCGGACCGUCAUGGUCACAGGUGACAACCUGGAGACAGCCAUCACGGUGAGCAGGAACUCUGGCAUGAUCCCUUUGGGGGAGAGAGUGAUCCUGGUGGAAGCCAGUGAUCCGGAGGAUCCCCAUCCAGCAUCCGUCACUUGGCAGGCCAUGGAGGACACACAGCCCUGCAAGGAGAAGAACCAGGAUCCCUGCAUUACCAUUGAUGGAAGCAGCAGCAGCUCCAGUUUCCACUUUGCCAUGAACGGGAAGACCUUUCAGGUGCUCCAGAAGUACUUCAGCCCUUUGCUGCCAAAGAUACUAUUGAAUGGGACUGUGUUUGCACGGAUGUCUCCAGGGCAGAAGUCCAGCCUGGUCGAGGAGUUCCAGAAAUUGAAUUACUUUGUGGGGAUGUGCGGAGACGGAGCCAACGACUGUGGGGCUUUGAAGAUGGCUCAUGCGGGGAUCUCCCUCUCCGAGCAGGAGGCCUCCGUGGCUUCGCCCUUCACCUCCCAAACCCCCAACAUCCAGUGUGUCCCAGAACUCAUCCGGGAAGGCCGGGCAUCUCUAGUGUCCUCCUUUGCCGUUUUCAAAUACCUGGCCAUUUACGCCUUGACGCAGUUCUUCGGGACAGCUCUGCUUUUCUGGCAACUACAGAUCUUUGGGAAUUUCCAGUACUUCACACAAGAUGUCUGCAUCACCCUCGUUGUCUGCCUCACAAUGAGCCUGACGGAGGCCUACCCGAAGCUGGCCCCCUACCGCCCCGCCAGUCGCCUCCUCUCACCUCCUCUGUUGCUCUCCGUCUUCCUCAACGUCUGCUUCACCCUCACCGUCCAGAUCUUUGCAUUCCGCUUUGUCAGGCACCAGCCCUGGUACUCCCCGAUCCGAAGCCACAGGGGCUGUCCUUUGGGAAAUGAGCCCUUCCUCCUGGGCAAUGGGACGGGGAACGCCACGGAGCCAGAGGACAUGGUGCUGAGCUAUGAAGACACCUCCCUCUGGGCCAUUGUCACCUUCUACUGCAUCAUCAUGGCCUUUGUCUUCUCCAAGGGGAAGCCCUUCAGGAAGCCCAUCUACACCAACUACAUUUUCUCCAUCUUCCUCUGCAUCCAGCUGGGCCUGAGCCUGUUCCUCUUCUUUGCUGACAUAGAGGCCAUCUACAAGGGGCUGAUGCUCAUCUGCACCCCAACCAUCUGGAGGAUUUACAUCCUGAUCAUGGUGCUGGUCAAGUUUAUUGUCUCCUUCAUUGUGGAGGACGCCAUCUUGCAAAACCACCGCCUCUGGCUCUGGAUCAAAGCCCUCUUCCGGUUCCGUUCCUCCAGCGCGUACCGGAUGCUCCAGAGGCAGCUGCAGAGGGAUCCCUCUUGGCCUCCUUUGAACCAAAGGGACUUUGCAGAAGACAGCAAAAGCAAGGCCUAUAUCAACCCUGUCUUUGAAGACAGCGACGAGGACAAGCCAGGACUGAAUAAUUUAUCUGUCCAGGAUGCAAAUGGAACCAAAAUACUAAUACAGAUCCAUGGAGAACAGCGUUACAAAGAAGAUAUUUAGAUAAGUUGGAAAGAAGCAGCUUUGGAGACUUCUGAGUUGGAAAUGGUGCUGAGUGGUUGGCUGUGAUGAAGGAUGAGACUUGGUCAUGGCUCUUGCCUAGUUGGCUGGCUACCAACAGGAAAGCAUGGCCUCCUUGGCACAGCAGGCUCUGGGGACUGUGUGCAUGAGUCCUGGCAUCCAGGAAACACAAGUCUGGGCUACAAGAAUGGAGCCGACCAAGAAAGGAAUAUCCCUCUCCACCUUGUCUUGCCAAAGCUUAUCCACAAUUGGAAUUGAUCAAGCCUCUGGGAGGCCUAAAGAGACUGCUC